UCCUCCUCCUCUAUGCGGGGCUCUGGCCAGUCAGUCGCCUUUGAUUAUCAGUCUCCAGCAGCCCCUCUCUUGGCUCCUUGACAUGAGCACCAUAUAAGGCGCAGCGAUCUCCAUAGAAACGUGUCAGUUUCAAUAGUAGUGUCAAAGUUCACUAUAUACAGACAUUCGCGCAGAUCCCCCCGUUUCGGAAACAUUGCUCUGCAGCUCCUCUUCCUUUAAAGCAUUUUUGGAGGCUCUCUUCUUUUUCUUCUUGCAUAUUCUACUAGUUGUGUUGGGGUUUUUUUUUCCUCCUGCUGCUGCUGCUGCUGCUGCUGCUGCUGCCUUCUCCCCUUCUGUGAUAUCUUUUCUCCGUGGCUCCAGCUGGACGAGAGGUGAAAGUCUUACACGGCGUGGACUCUAUUCGGCGGCUGGAGAAGAUGAUGAAGAUGAUGAUGAGCUUUAUUUAAGAAUAUAGACGCGGCAAAUCUGCAGUUUGGUGUGUGUGCGUGCGUUCGCUGCGCUGCGCACACGGCGAAGACAGACUGGUGGAAAAGGAGAAAGGAAUUUAUUCACCGCAGCACUUUGGAUCGAGCGUCUUUCUACCACAAGAAGGUUUUUUUUUUUUUUAUUAUUUAUUGAAACACUCGCUCAUGUGAAUUGCUUACCCUUUGUGGCUGUUUUCUAUCAAACUGUUUUUUUGGAACCCCCCAACACGUCUGGACUCGCCUUUUCCUACAAAAUUGGGGAUUGCUGAAUGGCUCAGUGCAAUUUACCUUGGAACUGGCCUCCCGAUACUUGCACAUCGUGAUCGGGUCGUCCCCUCCAGCCGUCCGCCGCUAUUUUGAAUGUAUUGAUCCCCUCCACCACCACCACCACCGCCUCCUCCUCCUCCUCCUCCUCUAUGAGAUUCCGUGCACCGAUUUGACUUUGCAGCCGUCUCGCAGAAAAGCUCCAGAUUUUUCUUUUCUCCUUUCCACGCUCCAGAACAAGCAGCGACCAUUUCGCUCUAUAGCACUUUCCGGGGCCGAGAUAUGGCAAUGGUAGUUAGCGUGUGGCGAGAUCCGCAGGAAGACGUGGCCGGAGGACCUCCGAGCGGCCCCAACCCAGCAGCGCAGCCGUCGAGGGAGCAGCAGCAGGCGGCGUCGGCGGCGCCGCACACCCCGCAGACCCCGAGCCAGCCCGGACCCCCCUCCACGCCGGGCACGGCCGCGGACAAGGGCAGCCAGAACUCGGGGCAAAGCCAGCAGCACAUCGAAUGCGUGGUGUGCGGGGACAAAUCGAGCGGCAAGCACUAUGGCCAGUUCACCUGCGAGGGCUGCAAAAGUUUCUUCAAGCGGAGUGUACGCAGGAACUUAACGUACUCGUGUCGCGCCAAUAGGAACUGUCCCAUCGACCAGCACCACCGGAACCAGUGCCAGUACUGCCGCCUCAAGAAGUGCUUAAAAGUGGGCAUGCGGCGGGAAGCGGUUCAGCGAGGACGAAUGCCUCCAACACAGCCCAACCCAGGCCAGUACGCGCUGACCAACGGGGAUCCCCUCAACGGCCAUUGCUAUCUGUCCGGAUACAUCUCGUUAUUGCUGCGGGCUGAGCCUUACCCCACGUCCCGGUACGGGAGCCAGUGCAUGCAGCCCAACAAUAUCAUGGGCAUCGAGAACAUCUGCGAGCUGGCGGCUCGGUUGCUCUUCAGCGCCGUGGAGUGGGCCAGAAACAUCCCUUUCUUUCCCGACCUGCAGAUCACCGACCAGGUGUCCCUUCUCAGGCUGACGUGGAGCGAGUUGUUUGUGCUUAAUGCCGCCCAGUGCUCCAUGCCCCUUCACGUGGCCCCUUUACUGGCCGCAGCGGGCUUGCACGCCUCACCCAUGUCCGCGGACCGUGUCGUGGCUUUCAUGGACCACAUCCGGAUUUUCCAGGAGCAAGUGGAGAAGCUCAAGACUCUGCACGUAGACUCGGCAGAGUAUAGCUGCCUCAAGGCCAUCGUGCUUUUCACGUCAGACGCCUGCGGCUUGUCGGACGCCGCACACAUCGAGAGCCUGCAGGAGAAAUCCCAGUGCGCCCUGGAGGAGUACGUGCGGAGCCAGUACCCCAACCAGCCCAGCCGCUUCGGCAAGCUCCUUCUGCGGCUGCCCUCCCUCCGCACCGUGUCCUCUUCUGUAAUCGAGCAGCUCUUCUUCGUCCGCUUGGUAGGUAAAACUCCUAUUGAAACGCUCAUCAGGGAUAUGCUAUUAUCCGGGAGCAGCUUCAACUGGCCUUACAUGUCCAUCCAAUGAUCCUUGUGACGCAUACAAAAAAAAAAGAAAAAGAAAGAGAGGACACGGACCAAAAUUCAGCAGCCAUCCUCUAAGAAGACUAUAUAUGAGACUUUUUUUUUUCUGACAACUUUGGAAGACUUUUGCCCUCCCCUGCUCCCCUCCCCCCUCCCAUGUCUUCUGGGACUGAGAUGGAAUAUGUACAGAAAAAUAUUGGAACUGGACUUUACACCUGUGUAAACCCGCUCGCAUCUUCAAGAACAAUACUCGUCAUUUUGUAAAAUACUAGUCUUUAUUUUCUUUUUUUUGUAAGAAAAAGUACAAACAAAAGGAAAAACAUCAUAUGCGCAGUAAGAAAAAAAAAAAGAAUCAAGACUUAGCGGGAAAAUAAUGUUUCCAAGCAAUUAUAAGAAUUUGUCCUGUGUCUAUGUACCUCUCUCUCUCUGUUUUGUAUUUUUUUCUGGUUCUAAACCAGGCUUUCUGUGAUUCUAUACUAAUAAUUUUUCAUAUAACCUUUUGCUUCUUAUAAUGAGUGCGGUAAAUGUUGUCAAGGCUAUGUUCUCCAAGAAUUAAAAUUGAAGUGAGAAUUUAAAAAAAAAAAAAAGCAAGAAAAAAUAAAGAAAUUUAGACAAUAAGAAACAAGUCUAA